UACAGCCCUGAUCUCGCUCCUUCCGACUACUGGUUGUUCCACCAAUUGCAGUGCUCUCUGGGCGGAAAAAGUUUGAAACAGAGGAUGAGGUCCCAGAAGGACGGGGAUCAACCAACUGCGCUGCGAUUUCCAGGAUCCGCGGGUCCUUCGUGGCUCUAUAUAGAUACAUUAAACUCUCGGCUAUUUCGGGACGCAGUGGAAACGCAGUACGUUUUUCGGACGAUGAACUCUGUAUAUUAUAGAACUCAGGUGGGACACCAUAUUGCCGCAUCACUUGCGAAUACUGAAGCAUUAUUCGAGAAGCGUCUUCAACAUUACCAACCAUUGCUAACAACCCCGGCCAGAAAGCCUCCAGAGAUUGGAAAAUCGGCAGAGAAAUUGUGGCCUUCGUCAUUGUUACCCACAUAAACCAAUCACCCUUACGAACGAAGCGAUUGAUAGCUGAAGUGUAAUCUAGAAAUUGUUUCAUCAGAGCAGGUCGUUGUAGGAGGAGAGCGCCUUUUACAAGGUAUUCGAAAUAAGAAUCCACGCCGGCACCAAUACCCGUAUCAGUGGCAGUCCACUGUCCUGUCUGAACAUUGA